AUGCAUUUGAUGUACACUUUGGGCCCUGAUGGCAAGAGAAUUUACACCUUGGAAAAGAUAACUGCUGAUGGUGAAAUCACCAAGUCUGCCCACCCAGCCAGAUUUUCCCCAGAUGACAAGUACUCUAGACAAAGAGUUACAUUGAAGAAGAGAUUUGGUUUGUUGCCAACCCAAAACUAA